AUGAUGAAAGUAAUUAAAUUGGUUUAUUAUGUUCUUCUUUUGGUGACACUGAUGAACUCAAAAGUAUCUGAGAGCAAAAAAGACAGUAUCAUAAGCACUUCUUUUGAGUACAAUGCUAUAAACUGUAGGGCAAAAGGUGUUUCAUUGAAGGAUUUUGGUGGUGUUGGAGAUGGAAAAACUUCAAACACAAAAGCUUUUCAGUCUGCAAUAAGUCAUUUGAGUAAGUAUGAUUCUGAAGAAGGGUCUCAGUUGUAUGUUCCUGCUGGAAAAUGGCUUACUGGAAGCUUUAGUCUUAUAAGUCAUUUCACACUUUAUCUACACAAAGAUGCUGUUCUUCUUGCUUCUCAGGAUGUCAAAGAGUGGCCUGUAAUCAAACCACUCCCAUCCUAUGGUAGAGGAAGAGAUGCAGCAGCUGGAAGGUACACCAGCCUCAUUUUUGGAACAAACCUCACUGAUGUUAUUGUCACAGGGGACAAUGGCACUAUAGAUGGUCAAGGUUCAUUUUGGUGGCAACAGUUUCAUAAGAAACAGCUGAAGUACACUCGUCCUUACUUGAUUGAAUUAAUGUUUUCUGACAACAUUCAAAUCUCUAAUUUAACACUGCUUGAUUCUCCAUCAUGGAAUAUUCAUCCUGUUUAUAGCAGCAAUAUUAUAAUCAAAGGCAUAACCAUUAUUGCUCCUAUAAGGUCUCCAAACACCGAUGGCAUCAACCCAGAUUCAUGUACGAAUACGAAAAUCGAAGACUGCUACAUAGUUUCUGGAGACGACUGUGUGGCGGUGAAGAGUGGAUGGGAUGAGUAUGGCAUAAAAUUUGGGUGGCCAACAAAGCAAUUAGUGAUCAGAAGGUUAACAUGCAUUUCACCAUACAGCGCAACCAUUGCCUUGGGAAGCGAAAUGUCGGGCGGUAUACAAGAUGUCAGAGCCGAAGACAUCACAGCCAUCCGUACCGAAUCAGGAAUCAGAAUCAAGACAGCAGUAGGGAGAGGAGGUUAUGUGAAAGACAUAUAUGUCAAGAGAAUGAAUAUGCAUACAAUGAAAUGGGCAUUUUGGAUAACAGGUAACUAUGGUUCACAUGCCGAUAAAAACUAUGACCACAAUGCUUUACCUGAGAUCAAAAACAUCAACUACAGAGACAUGGUAGGGGAAGAUGUUUCCAUGGCUGCUAAUUUAGAAGGAAUUUCUAAUGACCCUUUUACCGGAAUAUGCAUUUCCAAUGUGACAAUUAGUAUGGCUGCUAAGGCCAAGAAACAGCCAUGGACAUGUAAUGAUAUUGAAGGAGUCACAAGUGGUGUUACUCCUAAGCCUUGUGGUUUGUUACCUGAUCAAGGGACAGAGAAAAUUACAGAUUGUGAUUUUCCCUCAGAUUAUCUACCUAUUGAUAUCUUGGAGCUCAAGAAAUGUACUUAUAGCAUUUAA